AUGACUCUGCCCCACGGCCCUGGAGGUGUGGGGGAGCCCCGGCCCCCCCAGGCUGUGGAGGUCCACACGCGGGAACACCGCCAGGAGGAGGAGCAGAAGGAGGAGCGGCAGCACAGCCUGCACAUGAGUUCCUCGGUGCAGAGGCGGACCUACCGCAGCAGUGAGGAGGAGUACCAGUUCAGCGCUGCAGACUACGCCCUGGCAGCCGCCCUGGCCCUCACCGCCUCGUCAGAGAUGACUCGGGAGGCCCGGCUGAGGCGCCAGACCUCCAGCGUGGAGCUGGAGCAACGUGGGCAGAAGAGGGUGGGCUUCGGCAACGACUGGGAGCGGACAGAGGUGGCCUUUCUGCGGACCCAGCGGCUGCUGCGCCAGAGACGCGACUGGAAGGCCCAGAGACAAAGGACGGAGGAGAAGGUCCAGGAGGCCAAGGAGCUGAGGAAGCUGUGUUCGGGCCGGGGGCCCUGGUUCUGGAUGCCCCUGCGCUCCCACGCAGUCUGGGAGAACACCACGGUCCUGCUAACCUGCACGGUCCGGGGCUCGCCUCUGCCCCAGGUCACCUGGUUCAAAGACGACAUGCAAAUCGAUCCCCGCCUCUUCCCUGCCGGAAAGUACCGAAUCACCAACAACUAUGGGCUGCUGACCCUGGAGAUCAGGAGGACCAGUGCCACGCUCUGGCUUCAGGCUGCGAGGCGCUCCUGGGCUGAUGCCUCCGUUUCUUCAGCUGUAUGGGACGAUGAUGAUGGCCUCCAUGCUUACCUGGGGAAGGACGCGGGCUUCGAUUCAGAGAUCUUUAAAAGACUGCUGUUUGGCCCCAACGUGGAGUUCUCCUCGGUGCUGAAGCCCACUUUUGCACGUGAGAAGGAACCCUUCUCCCUGUCCUGCUUGUUUUCUGAAGAUGUGUUAGAUGCCGAGCAGAACAUCCAGUGGUUCCGAGAUGGGAGGCUGCUGAGAGCCUCGGGACGCCGGCACACCCUCUACGCCGACCGCCAGGCGUCCCUGAAGGUGUCCUGCGCCUACAAGGAGGAUGAGGGGCUCUACACCGUCAGGGUGACUUCCCCCUUUGGGGCCCAGGAGCAGAGCACCUAUGUGUUUGUGAGAGAUGCUGCACCUGAAAAGUCAGGGGCCCCAGGCUCCCCCCUGAAUGUCCAGUGUCUGGAUGUGAACAGAGACUGCCUCAUCCUGACCUGGACCCCACCCAGUGACAGCCGGAGCAGCCCUAUCACCAGCUACUCCAUUGAGUGGUGCCGGGGUGACUCUGAGCAAUGGGUGCCCUGCCACGAGGCCCCUGGUGGGACCUGUCGGUGCCCGAUCCAAGGCCUCAUGGAAGGUCAGAGCUAUCGGUUCCGGGUGAGAGCCAUCAGCAGAGUAGGCAGCAGCCUCCCCUCCAAGGCCUCACAGCCCGUUGUCAUGGGGCAUCACAUUGAAGCCCAGAAGAAGAAAGAGAUCCCCUUUGACCUGGGAAACAAGAUCAUGAUCAACACAGACGAUUUUGAAGACUUUGUGACCCUCCCCUCACCCCCGACCAACGUCCAUGCCAGCGAGAUCCGAGAGGCCUAUGUGGUUCUGAGCUGGGAGGAGCCGAGCCCCAGGGGCAAGUCCCCGCUGACAUACUCCUUGGAGAAGUCGGUCAUCGGCAGUGGCGCCUGGGAGGCCAUCAGCUCAGAUGCGCCAGUGAAAUCCCCGAGGUUCGCCCUGUUGGAUCUGGAGAAAGGGAAGUCCUACGUCUUCAGAGUGCGGGCGGUGAACCAGUACGGCUUGAGUGACCCCUCGGAGCCCAGCGAGCCCAUUGCCUUGAAGGGAAAGCCAGCCACCCUCCCUCCUCCGGCUCAUGUUCAAGCUUUACGGGAUACGCAGACCUCAGUGUCCCUGACCUGGGACCCUGUGACCGAAGGCCCAGAGCUCCUGGGUUAUUACAUCUACUCCCGGGAGGCCGGGUCCCCGGAGUGGCAAACAGUGAACAACAAGCCCGUCCAGGGCCACAAGUUUUCGGUUCCUGGGCUGAGGACGGGGAAGGAGUAUGAGUUCUGCGUCAGGUCAGUGAGCGAGGCCGGAGUGGGGGAGCGGUCAGCCGCCACGGAGCCCAUCAGGGUCAAGCAGGCUCUGGCUACACCAUCUGCCCCCUAUGAUUUCUGCCUUCUGAACUGUGGGAAAAGCGACAUGGUCAUUGGCUGGAAGCCCCCCAAGCGCUGCGGCGGCGGUAAGGUCCUGGGCUAUUUCCUGGACCAGCAUGACUCGGAGGAGCUAGCCUGGCACCCGGUCAGUCAGCAGCCCGUCCCCGGCCGUGUCUGCAAGGUCAGCAACCUGCGGGAAGGACACUUCUAUGAGUUCCGGGCCCGGGCAGUAAACUGGGCAGGUGUGGGCGAGCUGUCGGCGCCCAGCAGUCUGUUUGAGUGCAAAGAGUGGACAAUGCCCCAGCCAGGGCCCCCCUACGACGUGCAUGCGUCCGAGGUGCGGGCCACCUCCCUGAUGCUGAAGUGGGAGCCCCCGCUGUACACGGGAGCCGGGCCCAUCACAGGCUACCGCGUCAGUGUCCAGGAGGGAGGCUCCGAGCAGUGGAAGCCAGUCACUGCAGACCCCGUCUCUGGCACCCACCUGAGGGUGUCUGACUUGCAGACGGGGAAGACGUACAUGUUCCAAGUUCAGGCCAUGAAUUCAGCUGGCCCCGGGCAGGUGUCCAUGCCCACCGACCCCAUACUCCUGGAGGACAAGCCGGACGCCCCAGAGAUCAAGGUUGGUGUGGACGAAGAGGGCUUUAUCUACUUGGCUUUCGAGGCUCCCGCAGCCCCCGACGCCUCAGAGUUUCAAUGGUCCAAGGACUACAAGGGCCCACCAGACCCCCAGAGGGUCAGGAUCGAGGAGGAGGCACACAAGUCAAAGGUCAUCCUGAAAGAGCCCGACCUUGAGGAUCUGGGCACCUACUCCGUGGUGGUCACCGAUGCUGAUGAAGACAUCUCAGCAAGCCACACCUUGACUGAGGAAGAACUGAACAAACUGAAGAAGCUGAGCCAUGAGAUCAGAAACCCAGUGAUCAGGCUCUUCUCCGGCUGGAACGUUGACGUCCUGGAGCAAGGGCAGGUGCGGCUUUGGCUGCAAGUAGAAAAGUUGUCUCCAGCGGCGGAGCUGCAUCUCAUCUUCAACGAGAAGGAGAUCUUCAGCUCCCCGAACCGCAAGAUCAACUUCGAGCGAGAGAAGGGCCUGGUGGAAGUGAUCAUCCAGAACUUGUCUGAGGAGGACAAAGGGUCGUACACUGCUCAGCUCCAGGACGGGAAAGCCAAAAACCAGAUCACCCUGGCGCUGGUGGAUGACGAGUUUGACAAACUGUUGAGGAAGGCAGAUGCGAAGAGAAGAGACUGGAAGAGAAAACAGGGUCCCUACUUCCUGGAGUUUUUGCAGUGGAAGGUCACAGAGGACUGCGAAGUGCUGCUGACCUGCAAGGUGACCAACACCAAAAAGGAGACCCACUUCCAGUGGCUAUUCCAGAAGAAAGAGAUACCAGAUGGUCAGUAUGACCCCGAAACUGGAGCUGGACUUGUGUGCAUCAAAGAGAUGUCCAAAGAGGAUGAGGGCACUUACAGAGCAGUGGUUUCUGAUGAGCGAGGGGAGGACGAGACCAUGCUGGACCUCACAAGUGAAGGCCUGGAUGCCGUCCUCACUGAGCUGGGCAGGAUUAGUGCCCUCUCUGCAAGCCCACUGAAAAUCCAGGGCACUGAGGAGGGAAUCCGGAUCUUCAGCAAGGUCAAGUACUACAACGUGGAUUACAUGAAAACCAGCUGGUUCCACAAAGAGAAGCGUCUGGAGAGUGGUGACCGGGUGAGGGCUGGCACCACCCUGAAUGAGAUCUGGCUGCACAUCCUGGACCCCAAAGACUCAGACAAGGGCAAAUACACCCUGGAGAUCGCUGCCGGGAAGGACGUGCAGCAGCGCUCAGUCGAUCUCUCAGGGCAAGCGUUUGACGACGCCAUGGAAGAAUACCAGAGACUGAAAGCUGCGGCCUUCAUCGAGAAGCAUCGCGCCAAAGUGGUGAGGGGCCUGCCAGACGUGGCCACUAUCAUGGAAGACAAGACCCUGUGCCUGACCUGUGUCAUCUCGGGAGACCCUGCUCCUGAGAUCUCUUGGCUGAAGAAUGACCAGCCUGUCACCUUCCUCGACCGCUACCACAUGGAGGUGAGGGGGUCAGAGGUCACCAUCACUAUCGAGAAGGUCAACACAGAAGACAGCGGACGCUACGGCAUCUUCGUCAAGAACAAGUAUGGCUCAGAGACAGGCCAGGUCACCAUCGGCGUGUUCAAGCACGGGGAGGAGCCCCAGGAGCUGAAGAAGCUGUGACGGGUCCUGCAGGCACAGCUCGGGUUUAUUCUGCAUGCACA